GUUUUCGGACCAUUGUGGAUAUAUCGUGUGUUUUGAACCGAAACCGGAUUACAUUUGCUGGAUCAUAACGGACAGAAUGAGACCACACACGACGUGAAUUGGCGAUGUUUGGGGGUUCAGAAGUCAUCAGAACUUUUUACAUCAAUGGCUUCACCGACAUCCCUCAUGCUCAGUAUUACUACGUGUUUCUGUGCUUCGUCUACAUCAUGACUGUUGUUGGGAACGGUUUUCUGAUGUCUGUGAUUUACCUGGUGAAGACUCUUCAUUCUGCUAAAUACAUGAUUGUGUUCAGCCUGGCUUUAACAGAUCUGUGUGGCACCACUGCUCUCAUCCCUAAAGUCCUGGACACGUUCUUGUUUGACAGGAGGUACAUUGUCUAUGAGGCGUGUUUGAGUUACAUGUUCUUUGUUUACUUGUUUGCGUGUUUGCAGUCAUUAACGCUUCUCAUGAUGGGUUUCGACAGGUUCGUAGCCAUUUGCUUCCCGUUAAGUUACCAUCAGAUUGUAACCAAAGCAGCUGUUGCUGUGAUGCUGCUGUGUGUGUGGGGGUCCUCACUGAGUGUUUUAGUAGUCGUUGUUGGUCUCAUCGACCAUCUCUCCUUCUGUGGGUCUCUAGUGGUAAAAAGCUUUUUCUGUGACCAUGGACCAGUGUAUAGGCUGGCCUGUAAUGACACAUCAUUAAAUUACAUAAUAGGAACAGUUGCUUUAACGCUAUUUGAUUGCAUUCCUUUAUUGCUAAUAGCAAUGACAUACGUCUGCAUUGCUUUCGCUCUGAGCAGGAUCGCAUCUGGAGCAGAACGACUCAAAGCCCUGAAAACUUGUACUUCUCAUGUUAUUCUUGUUGCUGUAUUUUUCCUACCACUACUGGGCACAAACAUAGCUGGAAUGACGUCCUACAUCCACCCUAUAGCCAGGAUGGUUAACUUUACUUUGACACACACUGUACCAGCUCUGCUCAACCCCAUCAUCUACUCUUUAAGGACUGAAGAAGUGAUGAAGUCUAUUAAGAAGCUUUGGAAAAACACCAGACCAAAUAAUAUAUCUGAAAUGAAAAUAUGAACUCAUCAAUGGCUCUAGUGACACAUAUAACUAUGUUUUAUACAUGUAACUUAGUUGAAAACUUCUUCUUCUUUGUAUAAAUUAAGUCUAUUGUUUGAUACCUUGAAUUUGUGAGUUCUAUUGUUAAAUUAACCAUAUAAUAAAUUGGGCUUUCAGAAUUAAACAUGAGGAUCAUUGUGACUUGAUCUUAUUGGUACAGUAGCAACUGUCUCUGUUUCCUAAAUGUUCAUUUCAUGCCUCUUAAUGUCAGGCUGGGUCAGGCUGGGGCAGGCGUCCAGGUGGACGCUGGAGGUCGGC